GCUGCCACGAAGGCCAUGAUGAGAGUCAAUGGGGAUGAUGACAGCGUGGCGGCCCUGAGCUUCCUCUAUGAUUACUACAUGGGUCCCAAGGAGAAGCGGAUACUGUCCUCCAGCACUGGGGGCCGGAACGACCAAGGAAAGAGGUACUACCAUGGCAUGGAUUAUGAGGUGGACCUCGCCCCCCUUGAAAGUCCCACGCACCUCAUGAAAUUCCUGACAGAGAACGUGUCUGGAACCCCGGAGUACCCAGAUGUGCUCAAGAAGAAUAACCUGAUGAGCUUGGAGGGUGCCAUGCCCUCCCCGGGCAAGGCAGCCCCCCUCCCCGCGGGCCCCAGCAAGCUGGAGGCCAGCUCUGUGGACAGCUACCUGCUGCCCACCAGUGACGUGUAUGACAACGGCUCCCUCAACUCCUUGUUUGAGGGCAUUCACGGGGUGCCGCCCACACAGCGCUGGCAGCCAGACAGCACCUUCAAAGAUGACCCGCAAGAGUCGCUGCUCUUCCCGGACAUCCUGAAAACGUCCCCAGAACCCCUGUGUCCAGAGGACUAUCCCAGCCCCAAGAGUGACUUUGAGUACACCCUGGGCUCCCCCAAAGCCAUCCACAUCAAGUCAGGCGAGUCGCCCAUGGCCUACCUUAACAAGGGCCAGUUCUACCCCAUUACCCUGCGGACCCCAGGAGGCGGCAAAGGCCUUACUUUGUCCUCCAACAAAGUCAAGAGUGUGGUGAUGGUUGUCUUCGACAACGAGAAGGGCCCGGCAGAGCAGCUGCGGUUCUGGAAGCAUUGGCAUUCCCGGCAACCCACCGCCAAACAGCGGGUCAUCGACGUGGCUGACUGCAAAGAGAACUUCAACACCGUGCAACACAUUGAGGAAGUGGCCUACAACGCGCUGUCCUUCGUGUGGAAUGUCAAUGAGGAGGCCAAGGUGUUCAUCGGUGUCAACUGCCUCAGCACAGACUUCUCCUCGCAGAAGGGAGUGAAGGGUGUCCCCCUGAACCUGCAGAUAGACACCUACGACUGCGGCUCGGGCACCGAGCGCCUGGUGCACCGCGCUGUCUGCCAGAUCAAGAUUUUCUGUGACAAGGGAGCCGAGAGAAAAAUGCGGGAUGAUGAGCGGAAGCAGUUCCGGAGGAAAGUCAAGUGCCCUGACUCCAGCAACAAUGGCAUCAAGGGCUGCCUGCUGUCCGGCUUCAGGGGCAAUGAGACUACCUACCUGCGGCCCGAGGCUGACCUGGAGACUCCACCGGUGCUGUUCAUCCCUAACGUGCACUUCUCCGGCCUGCAGCGUCCUGGAGGGGUGGUGUCCUCGGCAGGACAGGGCAGCUCCAGCAGGCUGCCUCUGAAGCGUGCCUGCUUGCCCUUCGCUGAGGAGUUCGAGCCUCUGCCCUCCAAACAGGCCAAGGAAGAUGAUCUGCAGAGAGUUCUGCUCUAUGUGCGGAGGGAGACUGAGGAGGUGUUUGAUGCCCUCAUGUUGAAGACCCCAGACCUGAAGGGACUGAGGAAUGCGAUCUCUGAGAAGUAUGGGCUUCCCGAAGAGAACAUUUACAAAGUCUACAAGAAGUGCAAGCGGGGAAUCUUGGUCAACAUGGACAACAACAUCAUUCAGCAUUACAGCAACCACGUUGCCUUCCUGCUGGACAUGGGGGAGCUCGACGGCAAGAUUCAGAUCACCCUCAAGGAGCUGUAA